GGCCCAGUACCUGCAGUACACCAUGAUACUCAAUGUCAUAACGAAAUACUACAACGUGUCGACCCUAGCCGUGAAGGGUACAGCGAUGGUGUUCAACCUGUCGGUGCCGAUAAUGAUAUACCCGUGUACGCUGGUGAUGAACCGCUGGGGUCUCCGACGCACGAUGAUGCUGGCCUCCGUAUCCACGUGCAUCGGUACGUGGAUAAAGUAUUUGGCGACGGCACCCGAUCGGUUUGCCCUGACUAUGCUGGGCCAGACGCUCGUCGGUGGCUGGCAGGUGUUUGUGAUAUCGUUGCCCGGAGGACUCGCAGCGCGCUGGUUCGGCCCUGCCGAAGUCGCCACUGCCACAGCAAUGGGCUACAUCGGCGUUAAGGUCGGUAUGGCGCUCAUGUCCUUUCUCAUGCCGAUCGUCGUCAGGAUGCACGAGAACAUCGACGAGAUCACCGGCGACUUGAGGAGUCUACUGCUACCUCACGCGAUAUACUGCACCUGCAUCGCGGUCUUCAUUUUUAUGUUUUUCGAGGAGGAGCCAAAGUUAUCGCCAAGCAAAUCCAGGGCCCUACAAAAGCUCAGCAAAGCCGAGGACACCAAGUUCUGGAGUUCUCUUGGUCGGCUUUUCAAGAACAAGAAUUACUUUUUACUAUGGAUGGCACAAAAUUUACUUGUUGGCCAAUUGAUGGCCGUGACUUCUUCGAUCAACGCGUUUUACAUGAUGCAUUUUAAGAACGGGGAGAGAGACGUGGGCAAAGUCGGGUUGAUCAUUAUUUUGAGUGGACUCGCGGGGGCUCUACUCUUCAGCAGAAUCUUGGAUAGGACUAAAAAAUUCAAAGUCAUAGCUGUUUCUCUGUAUGCGGGAUGUAUUUUGAGUCUCGUAACGCUUGCGACUUGCUUUUACUUCGAAGUGAAAUGGGCUAUUUUCGCAGCAGCUGGUAUAUAUGGAUUAUUUGGCUUUGGCUAUAAUCCAAUCAGCUUCGAAUUAUCCGUCGAAAUAUCGUAUCCAGUAUCGGAAAGCUUCAGCAUCGCAGUUUUACUACUGGGAAAUCAAUUGUUCACUGCCUUAACGAUAACGAUUUCCGAUAAACUACUGUUAUACUACAACGACGUCGUGGCGUACGUAUUUUUUUUUGUACUGUUACUGAUAGGAUUUAUUCUGACGUUAUUGACGGAGGACGUGCGGCAAAGACAAACUGCAGGUAACGAUAGCUUGUCAAAGAGGAAUGAAUCAAGUUGAUAAUACAUAUUUUACAGUGUAAAGACAACAGCAGAAAG